UAUUUAUGAUAUCAAUGAAAUUUUGGUCUAAUGGUUAAUACUGUGGGUCUGUGUAUAAUGUUUUACCGCUCGUUGCACCAAAUUAUAGUUGAUGUCAUCGAAGUCAACUUUGGUCGUCUUAAGCAAUUCGAAGUCAACUCAUAUACUACGUAUAAAUCAAAGAGAAAAUCUCCUUUCAUACUGUGAUAACAUUUCUGGUUUUUACCAUGAAAUUAAUCAGUAUUCUCAUCCUUGUAACUCAACUAAUUUUUAUCAUCCCAAAAACCUCAGCCCAAUUUCGCUACCAGUUAUGUGGAGACCCUUACUCCACACCCAGUUCAUACCAAACAAACCUCAACACAACCCUGAAUUCCAUGUCUUCAGACACCCGAAUCAACUACGGCUACUACAACUUCACAACCGGUAAAAACCCGAACAAAAUCGAAGCAACAGUCCUCUGCAGAUCCGAUAUCUCUAUCAAUGACUGCAGAAGUUGUGUCCAUUAUUCAGUUACUACUCUCCCUGUAGCCUGUAACAACACAAAACAAGCCUUUGCAUUUACUGAUAACUGUGUAACAUAUUACACAGACAGCAAAGCGUUUCAUGUUUUAACAGAUGAGCCUAAUUUCGCCCUUCGGUUUGAUGGAAAUACCACUACUGUCCCUAAGUUAAAGUUUAACAGUUCACUUACUACAUUAAUGUCCAGUUUGAAACACAAGGCUUCUUUGGGAAAUUCUGAGAUCAAAUUUGCUACAGGAAAGAUUGAUCUUACUCAUAACCAGCCCUUGUAUGGUCUUGUUCAGUGUAGUCCUGAUUUAUCUAAAGAUGACUGUGUUGAUUGUGUUGAAUACCUUAUUUCUAGUGUGUUCUAUAAGUAUUUUAUAAUUGCUAAACCUUUGUUUAUUGCUAAAGGAGGAAGGGUGGUUUCGCCUAGUUGUAAUGUUCGGUAUGAACUCUACCCUUUCUUUAAAAAUGUGACUUAUAAUGCUCAACCGCCUGCUGCCAACAGAAAUACUACUUCUGCACAAGGUAUAACAGCACACAGCAGAAAGUCCACUAAAAUCACUGAAAUUGUUGUUCCAAUUGUUGGAUCAUUAGUACUCAUCAUCAUAGCUUCAGUCUGCAUCUUAUUACGAAGGAAGAAGCAGAAGACAAAGUUUAGUGCAAGUUUUAACAAGGAAGAAAUGGACACCCUUCAAUCCUUGCAGUUCAGUACUGGGGUAAUCAAGGUUGCAACACAGAAUUUCGCAGAUGAUAAUAAGCUAGGAAAAGGUGGAUCCGGGACUGUUUAUAAGGGGAAGCUGCCUAAUGGUCAAGAAAUAGCAGUGAAGAGAUUUGAAAGGGAUGCAGUUUUAGGGGAAGAACAGUUCAAAAAUGAAAUUCUGACACUAGCCAAGCUUCAUCACAGGAAUUUAGUAAGGCUUCUUGGAUUCUGCUUGGAAGGAGAUGAAAUGCUUCUUGUUUAUGAGUUUGUUGUCAAUAAAAGCCUUGAUAACUUCCUAUUCGAUCCUAUACACCGGAAAGCUAUGCACUGGGAUACACGUUUCAAAAUUAUUAAUGGCAUUGCAAGAGGACUCCUUUACCUACACGAAGAUUCAAGACUAACAGUUAUACAUCGUGAUCUCAAAGCUCCUAAUGUACUGUUAGACUCUGAUUUCAUCCCUAAGAUUGCAGAUUUUGGUCUGGCAAAGUUGUUUAAGACGGAUCAAACACAAGCACUAACAAGCAAAGCAGUUGGUACCAGAGGAUAUAUGGCACCCGAGUAUUUGAGCCAAGGUCAAGUAUCAAUCAAGUCGGAUGUGUUCAGCUUUGGUGUACUCGUUUUGGAGAUUGUAAGCGGCCAAAAGAUCAGCUCUUUCCAAAUCGGAGAAAAUCUGGAAAAUCUGCUUGCUUUUGCAUGGAAAUGUUGGCAAGAAGGCAAAACAUGGAGUGUUAUAGACCCUAUGUUGUGUUCUACUUCAAGCACUGAGAUACUGAGAUGCAUACACAUCGGGUUGCUGUGUGUUCAAAACAACAUGGGCGACAGGCCUACUAUGUCUGAUGUUUCUCUUAUGCUAAGUAGCAUUAGUAUGACUCUUGAUGCGCCUUUUCAACCAGCAUUUUUCACACAAAGCCGCGCCAUGCUUCUCAGUGAGCCUUCACAAGGCAGUGCAUCAGAUCAGUCUAAUGGGAGAUCAUGUUCAACUAAUGACAUUUCUUUGACAGAGCUCUACCCUCGUUGAUACAGAAUUAUAGGCUCAAUCAAGAGUAUACAUUGCUAUGAUUUUAUUGAAGAUAGCGUAGUUAUCCUAGCUACUUGAAAGAACUUUUUAGGGGGUUUAGUGGUAUAGGUUAUUUAUCAUGUAUGAAGUACUACAUUAUAAGCGUUUACUUAUCAAUAAUUUGUAUAUUUAGCUACAAAGAAGAUUUCUUUACUCUUAAGUCUUAAGAGCAAUAUACGUUAGCAAGUUAUUCCUUCCAUCCCUAAAAGAUUAAUAUUGCACCGUAGGAAAUAUUUACUUUAUUAAGAAUUGAGGAUAAUCAAAAGCAAAUGAGUAGGUAGAUUUAUCUUUUAGUUA